CCUGUUCAUUCAUGUGAUGAAUGGUAAGCGGUAGCUCCAGGGUCGCGUUACAACACCGGGAACAUGAUCCGAGUUCUGGUCUCUGUUGUGGGCGCUGCGAAGCCCAGAGCGCCGCACAGCACGACCGCCAGAUAUCUCCACAGCUCCUACGACGUUGCGGUGGUGGGGGCCGGCAUCGUUGGCCUGGCAACGGCGAGGGAGCUCAUCCUCCGACACCCCUCCCUCCGCUUCGUCCUGCUAGAGAAGGAGCAGGAGCUGUCCCUCCACCAGAGCGGCCACAACAGCGGCGUGAUCCACAGCGGGAUCUACUACACGCCGGGGUCUCUGAAGGCCCGUCUCUGCGUGCGAGGCGCAACGCUGGCCUACGACUACUGCGACCGGAAGGGCCUGCCCUAUAAGAGAUGUGGAAAGCUGAUCGUGGCGGUGGACCAGGAGGAGGUGCCCCGGCUGCGGGCGCUGUACGAGCGCGGCCUGCAGAACAACGUCCGGGACCUCAGCAUCCUGGACGCCAAGGGCAUCCGGGAGCGGGAGCCCUACUGCAGGGGGGUCAUGGCGCUGGACUCCCCCUACACCGGCAUCGUGGACUGGCGCCGGGUGGCGCUCUCCUACGGCGCCGACUUCGAGGAGGCGGGCGGGACGGUGGUGACGAACUACGAGGUGAAUGACAUCGCCAUGGCCAAUGAGAGCGCGGCAGGAAGCAGUGAAGGACUGAAAUAUCCAAUAGCAAUCAGAGCCAAAAAGGGGGAGGAGGUGAGGUGUCGCUACGUGCUCACCUGCGGGGGGCUCCACUCGGACCGCCUCUCCCAGAUCUCGGGCUAGCCAGAGCCCCGCAUCGUGCCCUUCAGGGGGGACUACCUGGUCCUGAAGCCCGACAAACACUACCUGGUGAAGGGAAACAUCUACCCUGUCCCUGACCCCCGGUUUCCCUUCCUCGGAGUGCAUUUCACCCCGCGGAUGGAUGGCAGCAUCUGGCUGGGGCCCAACGCAGUGCUGGCUUUCAAGAGAGAGGGAUACAAGCUGUUUGACUUUAACCUGCGCGACUUUGGAGAUGCCCUCUCCUUCAGGGGCCUUCAGAGACUGGUUCUGAAGAACCUCCGGUACGGCCUUGGGGAGAUGUACCGCGGGGUGUUCAUCGGCGCCCAGGUCAAACUGCUGCAGAGAUACAUCCCAGAGAUCUCCCUCAGCGACGUGCUGCGGGGCCCGGCCGGGGUGAGGGCCCAGGCGCUGGACCGCGAGGGGAACCUUGUGGACGACUUUGUGUUCGACGGCGGCGUGGGCGACGUGGCCAGCCGCGUGCUGCACGUCCGCAACGCCCCCUCCCCCGCCGCCACCUCCUCCCUCGCCAUCGGGGAGAUGAUCGCAGACGAGGUGGAGGGACGCUUCGCCCUGUAGGGGGGGGAGAGAGAGGGAGGGGGG